AUGACUGAGAAUGUACCUCAAUUUAAUAUACAACCACCAUCUAGACAAGCAUCAUAUAGAACUGAUUCAUUACCACUGAAUAGAAAUAUACCAUCAUCAUCAUCUACUACUACACAAUCUUAUCAACAAAAUCAGAAUAGCAAUCCCUCAAUUAAUGAAAAUUCAAGAAUAGAAGUACCAUUAAGUGAUUCUAGAAGAAGAAAUUCAAUUGAUUUACAAAAUAAUGGUAAAAAUGAAUUAGCUGAUGGUUUAUUAAAUAAAUUAUCAAAUUCACUGUCAAGUAAUUAUAGAUUUAUUAAUUUUAAACCUAAAAAUUCAAAUUUAGAAGAUCAUAAUCAAAAACAAUAUAAAAAACAAGUAUCAUUUGAUAAUAUGAAUAUUUCAUAUGAUGAUGAUGAUGAACCUGAUUCGGAUGAUGAUGUUGGUUGGGAAAUUUAUAAAAUGAAACAUGGUCAAAAUUCUUCAAAAAAAUUACCUGGUUAUUCAAGAGGUAGAGAUUUAUCACCUGGUCCAGGUAGAUUGUCACCAAUGAAUUCUCCAAGAAGAAAUUCACUGAAUUAUGAAGAAUCAGAUAGAUUAGAUUAUGCUGAAUUAAGAAGAUUUGAAAGACAAUUAGUUCAAUAUCCAACUCAACCAAUAACUACUUUACGAGCUUGUUCAAUUACUAGAAGACAUAAGUUAUAUGAGAAAUUAUAUAAUGGAGAAUUAUUACCAUUAGUUCCUGUUUUACCUCAUAGAACUAUAUUGGUUUAUAUAAGUGCAAGAAUUCAUACUUGGGUUGCUUUAGAUUGGUUAUUAGGAUCAUUUAUAGAAAAUGGUGAUAAAAUAAUAGUAUGUGCAACUGUUGAUCCUACAAUUUUCCAAGAAAAAAAAAAAAAAAGAAGAAGAAGUUAUGGUUCAAGAUCAAGAUCACCUUCCGUUUAUUCUGAUCCAUUAGAGAGAUAUGAAGAAAGAGCACAACCUGAAAAUAUGGUAACAAUAGCGAAAGAUUUAAUUCAAUAUAUCAUGCAAGUAAUAAAUCCUGAAAUUAUAGCAAGAGUUACAGUAGAAUUAGUUGCUGGAGAAACUAAAGAUGUUUUAAAAGAUAUGUAUAGAUUAUAUGAACCAAAUUUGGUAUGUACUGGUACAAAACCUAAUAAAAAUGUUGGAGCUCCACUAAGAUCUUGGCAUUCAUCAAAACUUACAGAUAGAUUAGUUAAAAAUUAUCCAUUACCAGUUAUUGUUGUUCCAUCAGUUAAUAUGUGUGAUUAUGAAAUUUCUUUACAAAGUAAAAUUAAUCAAGAAUCAAUUGAAAAAUCUAAAAAUUCAAUAAACCGUAAUAAUGAAGGUUAUGAUAGUGAUACAGAUAGUAUUGCAUCAAGUGAAUCACUGACAAGUGAUACAUCUGCAACUUCAUAUAAUUCAUAUGAUGAAAUUGCACAUUUAUAUUUAAAUUAUAAAGAUGAUAUAAAUAAAGAAUUAACUAAAUUAAAGAAAAAUCCAAUAAAUGAAGAAUAUUAUGCAGAUUUUGCAAAAGCAAUUUCAGAUAAUUCAUUAAAUCUUUGUUCAGAUAUUAUUGAUGUUAAUCCUGAUUUUAUAGGUGAUGGUUCAAAAUUAGCUCGUGCAAUAACUGGUUCAAAUUCUUUUGGUACAAGUCCCUACAAGACAAAAUCAUUAUUAGAACCAGAUGAGAAAAAAGAACAACCUAAAAAGGAAGCACCAAAAGAACAUAAAUUAUCAUUUAAAGAAGUUAGUGAACAAUUAAAAUUAAAUAAAUUAAAAUCAAAUUCUGGUUCAACUGAAACUUCACAAUCUCCUAAAACUAUACCAAAUCAAGGACCAGAUCAUGAUCAUGAUCAUUCAUCACCACCACCUCAAACUUUAAAAUGGGGUGGAUUAGAAAAACCAAAUAAAGAAAUCACAAAUAGACAACAAAAUUCAUCCCAUCCAAAUCAUUUAGCAUUAAGUAAAUGUUUAAGUGAUGAUAUAGAUACAAAACAUAGAAAUGAUAGUAGAACAAGUCUUGAUAGAUUAAAAUUAGAACCAAGAAAAUCUCAACCUGGUAUGACUGGAUAUUCAAGGGAUCAUAGUGAUAAUGGUGAAAAGAAAAAGAAGAAAAAGAAAUUUUGGAAACUUUGGUAA